AAAAUAAAUGUACUUUUAUCAGCACUUAAUAAAAAAUAAAAAAGCAGGAAUACAACGGAGAUAAACUUAAUUGAUACCUAUAGAAGAGGAUAAUAUAAAACGCAGCAAAAUAAAAAAAAAUCUGAAUGGUAUCCUCACAACGGGCGCAUUCACCUAACCCGCUGCGACCGGGAGCGUGCGGGCCAUGUGCCAGUCGGUGUCUCGCCGCGGCCGCACGAUGCUGCGUCUCUCCCUGCUCGUGAUACUCCUCACACAUCGCAUACGAACCGCUCAUGUCACGCAAACACCCUUCUCGAAUCGUUACGAUAAAUUAUUUCAAAAAUUAGAAAAAUUAACCGUCGCGCCCGACCGUUCACCUAGUGAGCGGUUGGACGAGAAAUUGGAUCGUUUGAAUGCUUUGGCUGAUGAUCGAGACUUGACGGAGGAGGAGGAAGAGUUGUUGUCUCUGAUGACGGAUUUCGGGGACCUCAGUGCGGAGCAGAUCACCGGGGUGGUGAAGGACUUGCAACGGAUGAAGGAGGAAGUUAGUGAGCAGGAGUACAGUGACGCGGCCUGGGAUGAUGAGGACUUGCCAGACCUGGCCGAAGGUGACUACCCUAUGGACGGCAACGACAAUGAUAACGACUGGGAUUCCGAGGACCUGGCAGACUCCAGCGCCACCAGCAAGCCGGUGUUGGGGGUCACGCCCUCCGCGUUCACCAGGACGGCCACAGUCAAGGUGUCGGCUGCGGAGACCAUCGCAGCCACUAACGCGAGGCCCAGGAUCUUGGAUGAACCGUCUACAGCCGUAGAACGGGCAGCACUCAGACGAGCAGCGAUGCGGAGCAUGAGCAACCUGCUGCACAGCGGCAAGUGUCUGGUGCCGCAGCCACGCUGGCUCACCGUGCGGCAACUAGCACCGGCAGCUGACACCAGGUACUUGCCGCCCUGUGUGCAGCUCCACCGCUGCGCGCCUGACUCCGGCUGCUGCCUCAACGAAGGCGAGGUUUGCGCGCCGAUUGACGGCAAAACUGUUGUUUUCCCAUUCUUCCUCCACAAGGCAAACGGUCAAAUGAACGUGGUGAGGAUGCAGUUCUUCAACCACACGCAGUGCGCAUGCGUGUCCCGGGAUACUUACCAGAUGACCAUCACGCCGCGCGCCGGGAAGGCCAGCUACAGCGAUAGCCAGGACAGCCAGGAGGAAGACAGGCCCUCGCGGCGGCCGCUGGGUGACUCCCAGAGUGACUGGAGGCCGCCCACCGAGGAGCCCAUGCUGGAUAAGGAUAACGUGCCCACUGCACCUCCUCAGUUACGAAGAUGUACAUGCCCUGGUCUAUUCCUGGCAAAUAUGAAGGACAACGAGCCAUGCACGUGCAUAUGCGACUGGCCGGACGCAGGUCGGCGUCGCGACUGUACGCACCUGGCUAAGGGUCGCGAGCACUUCGGUCUUCGCGACCGCGUGUGCGUGGCUCGUGGGGACUGCAGCCCCCCUACCUGCGAGUACGGCGCCUUCGACCGCGUCAACGGCAAGUGCCCCGAGCGCCGGUACCGCCGCACGAGGUACCACGCGCGCCGCUACCAGGACAAACCUAUGGUGUUGUGAUGGAACUGUGCAUUAUGUGCUAUUGUGCAAACAGAGAGGGGCUUGGUAAUGCUAUGAGAUGUUAAUUUUGUUUAAUGAAUCCAGUUACUUUACAGAAGAAAGUUAAAAUCUUUUUGCGAAAGUGCGGGGUGGUCUUAACCAGGAAAAAUAAAUGCAUUAUUUAUUUUUUUUGUCAAAAUUUACUGUAAAAAAAUUACAUAACCUAUCCGUAUCUUAAUUCAGGAAAUAAAAUGAAGAAUUAAACGAAAUUAAAAGUAGUCCAUUGUAAGUGUUAACGAUGUGUACAUUGUGUUACUUGUUCAAGUGUUUCGUGAAUAAAUAAACGUAAUUUAAGUACUUCCGCGUUAAUGAUGAUGCACAAAUUAAUGCAAUGUGUGAGAUGUACGUGUGCUGUUACACAUCUAUUGACGUCAUGGAUACAUGCUAGGUAUAGAUAACACCUUGGAUACUGCAGGUGGAAUAUUUUGUUCUUUUUUGAGUUUGCUAAAUGUUAAGUAAGGGUGGCGCAAGAGUCUGCAUUCAGAUUUGCCGAUUCAAGAUCACUGUCGAACUGGCUACUGUAUAAUGUAUAGGUAUAUUGAGAGCGCAGAUAGCCGAUGGUUCAAGGUCAUUACGCCAAACUCACUUAACGCGACGUGUGGCGUGUGGCGGCUUCGAUCCCCGCGUAUGACAAGCCUUUGUGUGAUCCACGAAUGUUUUCCUUAGUCUGGGUGUCUUUGUGCAUGUGACAAAAAUAUUAUAUUGACACUCGUAAAUUGUCUUUUAUCCUGAAACUAUUAAGUUACGUAUGAUGCUAGCUCUACUGUUUGCACAAUGGAAGAUAAUAAUAUAUUUUAAUGAGACUGCAUAAUACUUAUAAACUAGCUAAAUGUUCGUGCCAUAUGCUUCCGAGUCGAUAGCUACGAGUUUAUUCUGUUUGAACAUUUCUGACGUCUGUCUAUCUUUUCUCUCAUGUCAAUAAUAUUUUUUUAACUUUAUGAUUCGGUACUUCAAAUGUAAUCUGAUAGUCCUUUUUUGCUGUGUAUCUAUAUGUCGCAGCCAUGUUGUACCUAUUAUCCGCCGUAUUACAAUACGGCUAGCAGUUAUUGGCUAUUUUGAAAUGUGGCUAAACGUAAUCCGCCUAAUUGAAGAACGUAUUGCAAUGACAGUCCGGCUAAUUGUUGAUCCUAUGGCCCUGUUUUUCAUAAAAGAUAGCUGUGAUGUAAUACGGCGGAUUAUGCAAUCCGGCUGUGACAUGCACAAAGAAGUGAAGAGUAAAUUAAACUAUGAAUAUUAAAUGGUACUGCUUUUAUAAUUUGUACUAGUAAUAUACUUUUGCUGUGUUUGUAAUGCACACCUUUCUGUCUGUCAUCCAAUAUAGCGCCCUGGGAUUUCGGUGUUAACAACAUCGAAAACCUACUAGCUGACGUCAUUUUUCAUUUCGAUACGAAUCAGUUUCAAUAAAUUGUGUAACUUAGUCUUUAAGUAUUUGUUAAGUUGUAAAUAAAAUAAUUAUACUUGA